AUGCACGAAAUAGAGCAGAAUAGACCAGAAAGCAAAAUGAUUUUUAAGCCCUUUGCUGUGAAGACUCCCCUCCUCAAAGAGCUUCGCAAAAAAGGACUGGUGUCCAUCGAAGUCGCGGAUGCGGGAAGCGUAAAGGUUCUAACCGAAGACGAUUUGGAAGGUUCACCCCAGGAAGGUGAAACGAGUGCGACUAACAAGGAAAGAAUAAAAAGAAAAAAAAUUAAUGGAAACAAAAAUGGGAGCAAGUUAUCUCCUAGUAAAAGAAGUAAAAAGAGAAAACGAGAAAAUGUUGACCAGACAAAUUCGAAGGAGGAUGAUUCUAAAAAAGUUAUGAAAAAGUCAAUUGAGAAAAAAAAUCCCAAGAGCACCGAUGGUAAUGAACUCACCCUCGAAGAAAUUGACAGUCAAGGGGAAGACACCCAUAGAGGGUUAAAGAGGAGGAAAAAAAAAAGAGGGAGAAAAAAAAAAAAACCAAAAAAUGGCUCUACGGGAUGUAAUGAGGAGGGCGUUUCCAUCGAUCAGGCCGCCUGCUCCAUCGACUCCACAACCACUUCCCCCACAAAGGGGGAGGCGCCCAAGAGGGAAAGAUUCGACAUACAAAAAGUGAUCCAGAAUGAAGAGAACUUCAAAGGCACGGACCAAGUCAAGUACAAGGUGCACUACGUCAGGUGGAACAUGAAUGGAAAACUCCACCUCUUGUAUAGCAUAAUGAAAUCAUUACAUGACGCCAAAUUCUGGAAGCCAACAGAAAUACAAAAGCAGACCCUAGAGCACUCCAUAAAUCUUAAGAAUGACAUAAUAGUAGUGUCCAAAACGGGAACGGGAAAAACGCUAACCUUCUGUAUACCCAUAUUAAACAAUAUAGUAAAAAACAAAUUAAGAGAAUACCAAAAAAAGGGAAGCUGCAUUUCCAAACUUAGGUGCCUUAUAUUAGUCCCAACAAGAGAACUAGCCAUUCAAAUUUUAAGCCAUUUCAGCUACAUAAAUAAGUACACACACAUUUACAUCGCAACAAUUAUUGGAGGAUUAAACCUUAAUAAGCAGAAAAGAAUUAUAUCGAACAAACCAGAAAUCUUAGUUUGUACCCCAGGAAGAUUGAAGUACUUUUUACUCCUAAGUGAUAAGAUAAACUAUUUGGAUAAAAUGAAACACGUCAGAUAUUUUGCAUGCGACGAAAUUGACAAGAUGAUAGAAACGUCUUUCAUGAGGGACAUCAAUUUUAUUGCUAAACAUUUGUACAAAUCCGUGGCGCAGAAGAAAAAAUUUAUUCAAACUUUUCUUCUUUCCGCUACUUUAGGGCUAUCAGUCCAUUUGCAAAAUGAAAAUCUAGCCAAAUUAUUAAAUUAUGUUACUAUAAGGAAAGAAAAAUCUUGUAUUAUCAAUUUGGCUGAUGAUCACUUGGUAGACGGCCCCUCGAGGGGUGAGGCAGGUAGCAUCCUCCCCGAUGGUCUCUCCCUAAACGUAGUUAAAUGCGAAAGGAAAAAUAUAAUACACAAACUUUUUUACCUUCUCAAGAUGUACUUUCUAACCGAUUCAAUGGGCCAACCUACAGACGACACCAAUCAGUUAAACCGCAACGGUGAUAGUGCUGAACAUGGAGAGGUAAAAAAAAUCGUAAUCUUUGUGAACACUAUAAAGGAAACUAAAGACCUAAAUAGCAUAUUUAGAUUUUUAUUCUUUGACCAAGGGUUAGAGUCAUCCGUUCCAAAAAAAUACCGUUGCGGUAUGUCGCUAAAGGAACGAAUAAACAUUUUCUCUAUACAUUCCAAACAGUCUCUCAAGGAGCGCAUGCAAAGCAUUUCAAAAUUUUCUCAAUCAACCAAUCAUUCCGUUAUGUUUUGCACUGAUGUACUAAGUAGAGGAAUUGACCUAGAUAAAUGUGACGUUAUAAUUCAGCUCAGCUGUCCUGUUUCGGAUAUCACCUUUGUACAUCGAUCUGGCCGCACGGCUAGAAAUUUCAAGACAGGCACCUGCAUCUGCUUUAUCACGGACGAUGAAAUUGCGCGCUGGAAAAGUUCACUCAAAAAAAUAGGCCUCAUUUUCGAGAAUCUGCAAGAACUAGAAAUGGUGAAGCGAAUCAGCAAUCACGAACAAACCAAAAUAAACAGUGCAAUUCUCUGUUGCAACAAAAUGAUAGAAUUGCAAAAUAAAAUUAAAGACAAUAAAAAUAAAUCCCUCUUAAGCAAGCUAGCUAGAGAAGCUGAAUUGGAAGACGAAGAAGGAAGCUCCUCAGAUUCGGACAACCCAUCUGGGAAAAUAACAAACGAAACCAUUCUGAAGCAGUUGCUACGCCUGAAGAAAGAGCUGUACAGUACACUCUACGGGAAGUAG